AUGUUACUAUAUCAUCUGUGGUUAUUAAUUCAAAAAUCUCUUCGUUAUGCAUGGCGUUGUCGUUCAUGUCGAUGUUGCCCUAAAAUAAUAUUUGAACUACUUCUUCCUUUAAUAUGUAUUCUGUUUUUAAUUCUCAUACGAUGGAUACAUACAAAAUCUAAGCCUCUUGAUGAAGCUGUGCCAUUGGGUCAAAUCAGACCUUCAUAUAUUGAACUGAACUCAGCUUCUACUAUUCCACAAGAGGAAUCUAUGCGUGUAUUCAAUUAUACAUCAAUGUACGAAUGUCCACCAUCGGAUAUUACUAUAGAGAUAGUUAGCAAAAACUUACUUAGUCCUUUUAAACGUCAAUGUCCACGAAGUAGUUUUGAUUUAACAGAAAAAUCUAAACGACACAAUGGAAAUAUUAUACUCAAUAAUACUGUGAAUGGCUCUAUAAUUAGUUAUCGAUGUCGGUAUGAUAAUCGCGAUUGGUGUCAUAAUAAUAGUGUAUUAAAAAAUGAACAAACUCCCAUCACAGUUCAACAUCCAUCAUUAUCUUUAUGUUCAAGUACAAAUAUAGCAGCAGCAAGUAAUUUAUUAAGAGCUUAUCUGGCAACUGCAUCACUGUUAAAUCCACCACCAACAAUAAAAAAGAAGUCAUUAUCGAUUUAUUCAUGGCCGUGUUCAUCGUAUGUAUCCGAUCCGUUGUUUCAGAUGGCACCUGCUUUUACAUUAAUCACAAUUUUUAUCUUUAUUGAUGGAUGUAUUUUAUACAGUUUCAAUUUACUUUUUCAUUCUUUAAUCGAUGAAAAACAUCAAGGAAUCACUGAACUUCUUCGUCUUAUUUCAGUUCGUCCUAUAUUAAAUAGUUUUGCCUGGUUUCUAAGAAUUUUUAUAAUACAAUUAAUUCCAAAUAUAUCAUUAAUUUUAAUAUUAAAACUUUCUUUUGAUGGAGGUAUUUAUUUACCGUAUGUAUCAAUUUGGUUAAUUAUACCAACGAUUAUUUUAUGGUCUAUUCAAGUUCUGUCACGAGCUAUACUUGUUGGGCAUUUUUUUAGUAGUAAUUUAAAAGCAUCACUUUGGUCGUGGUUUAUCUAUGUUGGCACAUGUUGGCUUGCAGUUGCUCCACCUAUACGAUUAUCACCCGUUUUACAUCUUAUCGCUUCAGCUUGGUUACCAUUCUAUUCAAUAAAGCGUUUAAUGAUUAUUCUCUUUCGUAUCAACAAUGAUUUAGGUCGUGCGCAUCUAACCAGUGAAGUCAUAUUCAUUUGGUUUUAUAUGUUACUCGGUAGUCUUCUUAUGUGGCUUCUAGCAUAUUAUUUUGAACAAGUUCGACCUGGUAAAUAUGGUAUUCCACGUCCAUGGUCAUGGCCGUUAGAUUAUUUUUUUAAUAAUCGAUUUAGAACUAGCAAACAACGUCAAAGUAUUGACAUGCAAAUGGUAGAAACAUUACCGGAUGUAAAUACGACAGUUCGAAUAAAUAAUUUAACGAAAACUUAUGGUCGUUUCAAUACUGAACAACAACUAGCCGUUGAUCACAUAUCAUUUAAACUUGAAAAAUCUAUUAUUCAUGGUCUUAUUGGUCAUAAUGGUGCAGGCAAAACAUCAACAAUGGAAAUGAUGUGUGGUCUACUAUCAUGCAAUUGUGGUACCAUUGAAAUUCAUAAUAAAGAUUUACAUGAAAAUUUAGAUGAGCUGAAACAAUGUAUUGGUUAUUGUCCACAGCAGGAUAUGCUUUUUUCACAUUUAACUGUUCGAGAACAAUUGGAAUUCUAUGCUCGUGUUCGAUCAAAAGGAAAUAAUGUUGAUUAUAAUCAAAUUAAAGAAUUACUUACUAUGAUGGACAUGAAUCAAUAUAGUCAUCGAUUAUGUCAUGCAUUAUCAGGUGGUAUGCAAAGAAAAUUAUCUAUUCUAUGUGCAUUUGUUGGGCAAGCUAAUGUUAUAAUUUUGGAUGAACCAUCAUCAUCACUCGAUCCAGCAGCUCGUCGAGUACUUUGGUCAUGGCUUCGAGAAAACAAAAUGAAUCGUACAUUAUUGAUUUCUUCACAUUUGUUAGAUGAAGUUGAAGAACUUUGCGAUUCAAUUAUUAUUCUCGAUGCGGGCAAAAUUCGUGCACAAGGUACAGUUCUUGAAUUAAAACAACAAUUCGGUCCACCAGGUGAUCGUCUUCAUUUGGAUAAAAUACCAACAUAUAUACCAACAGAAUGGAUUAUUGAUAAAAAAAGUCAAUUUAUACAAGUUCCUAAUCGACAACAAUUAAUAUCUUUACUUGAAAAAUUAGAACAAGAUAGUAUUAAAUAUUCGUUAGAAAAUGUAACACUUGAUGAAAUAUUUUUGAAAUUAACUUCAUCAACAGAAGGAUUAUCAUCAGAAGAAAGCACUGUUAAAUCAUCAAUAAAUACACUAUUCGAUGCACGAACAAGUACUAAUAAAAGUUAUCUAUGGUCUCAACAAGCUAUCGGUGUAUUAAUUCGCCGAGGCAAUGUUUUAUUAAAACGAGCUCGUUUAUUACCAAUUAUAUUACUUUUCUAUGUACUUUAUGCUUUUUCACCAUUAUAUAUGCCAUCCUCGAGUUCAACGCCUGCAUCAACUGCAGAACAUAUUCGUUAUAUUAUUUCAUCAAGUCCUGCUUUAAUCAAAAAAUUACCAUUGAAAAAACUUGAUGCAAAAUUUACUCCAUCACUUUAUUCAGCACAACAUUUUGAACGGUAUCUAUCUGGAUUAAGAACAUGGCAAUCAGACAAUCAUCGUUAUAAAACACUCGUUGGUCUUCGAAUAUCAUCGCUUAAUCAUCUUGAAUGCUAUGUUCCAUCGCCAUUCUUAUACAAUGUAAUUACAUCAUGUCUUCCCGUAUACAUAUCGUUUUAUAAUUAUACACUUAUUCCAUUCAAAUUAAUUCCUAAUAACGAAGCUGAUUUUUCAUUUUCAUUGCCUAAUUUUUCGCUGUUGGACCAGGAUUCAACUUAUUAUUGUUUCUAUACAUUACCACCGAGACUUCAUCUAGCAAUUCUUCUUCUUUCAACGAUCUUACUUAUUUGUGCUGCAUUAAUUAUUCAAGAUCAUUCAUUAGGGUUUCAUUCAUAUUCAUUGAUUCAUGGUCUUCGUUCAUCAAUACAUUGGACCAUCGUAUUUCUUAGUGAUCUUGUUCUGUGUCUCAUAUGGACUCUUAUUCUUAUUCUGAUUGAACGUUUUGUUCAUUCAUCAACAUUUAAUGGUCGAUUCUUCGCAUUGGCACCAUUGCUUUUCAUUGGUGAUCUUCCUUUUAUUUACUUGAUAGCUAAACUUUUCAAGUCACCAAUAUUAGGGGCUACGAUAAUUGUAUUAAUUCUUCAAUUUACUCAUUUUUUCUAUACGUUUAGAGUAAUUAUCGAGUUUUUUCGUGGUCGUCAUGCUAUUACUGCAAUUAUACAUUUUUUAAAAUGGGCACUCGUAAUUAUUUUUCCUAAUAUUAAUGUAUUUACAUUAAUGGUAACUAUCCUUCGGCCAUAUUCAUGCUCAAUUGAUGAUUCACCUUUGGACAAUCAACAUUUUUCAAAUGAACACUACCCACAUAAAUUACUUAUUCAUAUAUUAAUAUUAAUUGGUCAAUUUAUAUUCUAUUUUAUUCUACUAAUUUUUAUUGAUACAUGGAAAUUACCAAUAUUCGGUUUUUGUACACAAAGCGCAAUCAAUCAACAAGAAGAAGAUAAUGAUGUUACAACUGAAAGACAACGAAUAGAAACAAUGAAUCAUGAAGAAAAACAAAAUGAAGCUGUUAUUAUCGAUAAUAUUUCUAAAUAUUACCAUUGCUCUAUAAACCCAGCUGUUAAUCGAUUAACAUUUGCUGUACCGCAUCGAGAAUGUUUUGGACUUUUAGGAUUCAAUGGAAGUGGUAAAACAACAACUUUUCGAAUGUUAGUCGGAGAAUUACAACCUUCGCAUGGACAUAUCUAUAAGAAUAAUAAAGAUUUAAUUGGUUAUUGUCCACAAGAUGAUAUUACUUUUUCAGCGUUAACUGUUCUAAAAUCCAUCGAUUAUAUAUGUCGUAUUCAUGGUCUUAAUCCAUCAUCAAUAAAUAAUUUACUUUUAUCUCAAUUUCAACUUGAAAAAUAUCGCCAUCGUUUAAUAUCACAUUUAAGCGGUGGAACUCGUCGUCGUCUUCAUUUAGCUUUAUGUCUUAUUGGUUCUCCUACACUUCUCUUACUUGAUGAACCAACAGCUAAAGUUGACCCGUUGAUACGUAGUCAUAUUCGGCUUAUAUUACAAAAUCGGCCAGUUGAUACAUCUAUUGUAUUUGCUUCGCAUUCAAUGCUUGAAUGUGAACAAUUAUGCGAUCGUCUCACGAUUCUUGUUCGUGGCAAUGCAAGAUGUUUAGGUUCACCUAGACAUCUGAAAAAUAAAUAUGGUAAUGAUUAUCGCAUAAGAUUAACACUACUUCAAUCGGCAUUUAAUAUACCACUAUUGCAACGUGUUGAUAAUACUAAUGAAUAUACUUAUCCAAAAAAUCAGUUAUCAAAUCUUUUCAAAAUAUUAGAAGAUCUGGUUGCACAAAAUAUUAUUGCAUCGAAUUAUACAGUACAAUUAACAUCCUUAGAACAUAUAUUUCUCGGAUUUCAACAUACUCUCGAUGCCAUAGUUUAG